UUGGAAUUGAAUUUAUUUAAAAAUUUUAAAUUAAAAUAACAGGUCCCAGGAUUAAUAUUAUAAAUAUAUACUACCAAAAAUGGUAUUUUAUUUCGAAAGUACAAUAGUAUCGCCUCCUGCUCUCAUUUUUAUGGGAGUGGACAAACAUGAAAAUGAAGAUUUAAUCAGAUGGGGUUGGCCCGAAGAUGUGUGGUUUCACGUUGAUCAAGUCUCAUCAGCUCACGUUUAUUUGAGACUAAAACCAGGUCAAACACUAGAUGAUGUGCCUUCAGCGGUCAUAGAAGAUGCUGCCCAGCUUGUAAAAGCCAAUAGCAUAAUGGGAAACAAAAUGAACGAUGUAGGUGUAGUUUAUACCAUGUGGGCCAAUUUAAAAAAAACCGCAGGCAUGGAAGUGGGACAAGUAGGGUUUCAUAAAGAAAAAGAAGUGCGUAAAGUUAAAGUGGCCAAAAGGAUAAAUGACAUUGUAAAUAGGCUGAAUAAAACUAAAAGAGAGGAGCAUCCAGACUUUAGAGCCGAAAGGGAAAAGAGAGACCGCCUCGAAAGGGAAGAUAAAAAGAAAUUGUUAAGGGAUCAGAAAAAGAAAGAAGAAGAAGAAGAAAAGAAACGAAAAGACGAUGCCGAACUGAGAGGUUACAAUUCACUUAUGAGUACAACCAAUAUGGAUAAAUAUGAUGAUGGAAAUGAUUCUGAUGACUUUAUGUAACAAUUCAACAGAUGCAUUUAUUGAAAUAAAUAUUUCUUU